UCGGCAUCAAGUGGUGUGUCGUGGGACAGUAACCAUAGUGAUCCGCCAUUAUCUCCUAUUAUUCCUAAAUCUAAUGACCCAUUUGCUCUAAGACUUGUUGCUCAACCAGGCCGCACAACGACAGUGGCAGUGCGAAUACCUCAAGCUGAAAUGAUGCGUCAUCAGCGAUAUUAUAUCACGAGUCCCGGUGGGGCUAAUGGACGGCCGCGUCCUUACACAGCUCAACCGCUUCAGCAAAGACCCCCAGUAGCUUUAAAUGGCAAAAUUCGUACAGAUGUUAGUCCCGACAUGCGUAGACGAAAUCACAAGUGCCCAUAUAAUGGGUGUAAAAAAGUUUACACAAAAAGUUCUCAUUUAAAAGCACAUCUUCGGACACAUACAGGGGAAAAACCAUACAAAUGUACGUGGGAAGGAUGUGAGUGGAGAUUUGCACGAUCAGAUGAACUGACGAGACAUUAUAGAAAACACACGGGUGCAAAACCAUUCCGUUGUAAAGUUUGUGAUAGAUGCUUUUCACGUUCAGAUCAUUUAGCAUUACAUAUGAAAAGACACCAAACAUCAGACUUAUAGCAUCAGGGUCACUUAGGAGUUUUAAGAAAUCUCAAACUGUAUCAUGACCAUAAUAUAUAUAGAGAGAAAAUGUAUCUCAUAUUCUAGAAUCAAAUUCUAGUGAGGAAUAAUGAUCUGUGUUAGUCUCUACGCAUUAUUAUCGUCAUAGAAACCAGAAUGCCGAGAUGUUCAGAAUAUCAGCCAAUCAAGAUCAAAAGAAUCAUUUAGUGCUCUUCUGUCUAACUAAUUGUACUAUUUAACAUUAUAAGAAUGCAGUAAACCUUGUUAUAAUUACAUUUUUAUUUAUACUCUAACAAUGCAACCUUUUUAUUUAUACUUUAACAAUGCAACAGGUAUCAACUGAAUUUCUAUACAGAUAUGUUACUUCCUAUGAACAAAACCUAUUUUUAUGGAAUUUUUGCCUCUAUCUCACAAACUUUUUGAAUAGCUUUAGUUAUCAGGAAUUAUUUAUAACCAUAUAUGUAACAAUACAAAUUUCUUUUUUUAACACUAAUUAGAUAAGUCUGUGACUUUUAUUUUUAUGUGUCACAUGUUCUCAUGUGUCAUCAUUACAUAUUAUAUAUGUCUAUUUUUACAAAAAUAGUAUGGAAUAGAUACAUAUUAUGUACCGUUGGAAUUUAUUCAGAAAAAAUGCUGAUUUGCUUAAAACUUCUCAAUCAUGUCUGUGUCAAAAUAACUUUUCCUUCAAGGUUAAUUUUCAAUUUUCAUCAAUAUCUUUGAUAACCUUUUGUAUUGCUUCAACUGUUUCUAUAGAAAUUUGACCUAGAUUUUCUGCCCUUGACUAUUUUGUACUAAAUGAAGAUAAAAUGAACUAAAGACCUUAGGCCGAUUUAUUUAUUACGAUCAACCAUAAAGUUUAAUUUUGUCAGAAUAUUGAUUGUCAUAGAUGUCAUUAAACCUGUUUUAUGUUAAAAUCUUCUAUUCUGCUUCAAAUCUUAAAAAGAUUUUAGGGUCAAGGUCGUUAAUAUGUUUUGAAAACUAUAGACAGACAAAUCAAUUGAUUUUCCUCUUAAAAGUGCUAUAUAACUGUAUAUAGGAUAUUUGUUUUAACCUAUUGGGAAAUAACUUAUUUACCUUAUACAUAACUAGGGAAAAAAGUAUCAAGAAAGGGAUAAUCUCCCCUUUUUGUUAAUUUAAAGGGAGAUAAUUGAAUUUUAGUGUAACAGCUAAUGCAUUCAGAAGUAUACAUCCAAAUGAGACAAAUUCAUAGUUAUAUAUUCGAGAUUUUGGAAAAAAGAAAGGUGAAUUGUUUUGAAAUCCUUAUAUGUGUAUGAGAAUUAAAUAUUCAGAUUUUUAUUGUAAAUUUUCCUGUUAUAUUGUAUGAUGGUCAAUGUUAUGUUUUGGUAUUUUUGUUUUACAGUAUUUUUUUCAUAUGUAUACUGUAAUUUUAACAGUGCUAUUUUGAUAUCUAUGUAAAAUAACUGUUUAGCUAAAAUUGUAAUGGUUAGAUUGGCAGCUUUGAAUUUCAAAAAGAAAAAGAAAAGAAGAAUAUUAGGCUGUAAAAAAAUC